CAGCCUCCUCAUUUGGCGUAGAGGUCAGGUGCAUGUGUUCGUCGGACACUGACAGCUCUUUGCUUCCUAAUCAUGCAAUAUAUACCUGCCUUCAAUUAUUCCUCCCAACUCCUUUAUCUCUUCCAAUCUUCAUUUCCCUGCCCAUUUAUGACUUUCCCUUUUUCUGGGCUUUCCCCUUCCUCAUUCUUCUCCGCUCCUUGGCCUGCUAUUUCCUUCUCCCGCCUGUACCGCCCGCCUCAUCAACGCCAUACUCUCAAAUUCCUUCCCCUUCUCCUCUGAUCCUUGAUAGCUCCGCUCAUUCUUGUCUUAUUUGUUGGUCCGAUUAUUUUUCUCCCCUCUGAAUAUCAUAAACUUGUUUGUUCCCAAAUCUGAUGUUUCUCAAACCGAAAAUGAAAAUCUCUCUCUGACUGGAUGUUCUAUCAUUUAAUCCUCAUUCGUCAGAAAUAAAAUCUUUUGCGCCCGCGUUUCCUUCUCAGUGACGGUGCGUCCUCCCCUGUCUCACCCAUUCAUUUGACGACACAAAAACACGACGGCUUGCUUUCUGCCUCAUAACUCCCCUGUGGUAUUAGGAGAGUGAUGCAUUUUGAAUCUCCAGACCAUGGCAAAUCUCGUUCCUGGGGUUCUUCUCAAGCUUCUGCAGCACAUGAACACCGACGUCAAAGUUGCCGGUGAGCACAGGUCUUCUCUGUUGCAAGUUGUGAGCAUUGUUCCGGCUCUUGCGGGCGGCGAGCUAUUCCCAAAUCAAGGUUUUUACCUCAAGGUCUCAGAUUCCUCUCAUGCCACCUACGUCUCUCUCCCCGACGAACACGACGAUCUCAUUCUCAGUGACAAGAUUCAAUUAGGUCAGUUCAUUUUCGUUGAUCGUCUGGAAGCUGCUUCGCCCGUACCGAUUCUUCGUGGAGUUAGGCCUGUUCCCGGGAGACACGCCUGUGUAGGAAGCCCUGAAGACAUUGUCGCCACUCAUUCUCCCGGGUUUCUUAGUAAUAAUGGCAGUAAUUCAACAGGGAGGUCGAAAUCUCCAAAAAGGGAGAAAGUGAAAUCGAAUGAUAAUGUGAAGGAAGAACAUUUAGAGAAAAAAACUGCGCUGAUAAGCAGAGGCAAAACACUGCCGACAAAAGCAGGGCUAAAAGUGGAUGUCAAGAAGGAGACCUUAACGAGGUUGAAGUCCUUGAAUUCACGGUCGAUUCCUUCGUCGCCGACCAGCUGCUAUUCUCUGCCUUCCUCUUUUGAGAAAUUUGCGAACGGUGUGAAACAGCAGGCUAAGAUUAAGGGAGUAGAGAAGCUGGCCGCUAAAGUCGGAGUAGUUGAGACGGGGAAGGCCAUCCGUGGGGGUAGUCCCACUCCAACAGGGAAGAAAAUUGGAGUGGGAAACCCAAUCAAAAGUUUGGUUCAGGGCAUGGAGUUCGGUGCAAAGGCUCUGCGUAAGAGCUGGGAAGGGAAUCUGGAUGUCAAGAAUAGAGAUAAUUCAAAAUUGAGGGCUGCCAAAUGUGAUCCUAAGCAUGAAGUUCGUAGUUCAGCUCCGAGGAAAAGCACAUCAAGUGAAAAAUUGCCAUCUAAAGAGGAUAGCAAGGCCCAUGCGACGUCAAAGCCUUCUAAGGAGGAACACAAAGCUCAAUCGUCUGUGAAGAAGGUUAUUGCUAAUGGAACUCCGGAGAGCCAAGACAAGUCAAGUAAACCAAGAACUUCCGUGGGAAGGAAAUCAUCAGAAUUGUCUAGCACUGGGCUCCCCGGAAACUUGGUUAAAUGUUCUCUGAAUAGUAAAAAAGUGAUAGAUGCCAGUGUUCAAUGGGCUUCACUGCCAUCGUCCCUUGCAAAGCUUGGGAAGGAAGUUAUGAAGCAAAGAGAUGCAGCACAGAUGGCAGCAAUUGAGGCCAUGCAAGAGGCUUCUGCUGCUGAGAGUCUGCUUCAAUGUCUAAGUAUAUACUCUGAGCUAAGUAAUUCUGCAAAGGAACACAACCCGCAGCCUGCAGUAGAACAGUUUUUGAGUCUUCAUACAAGCCUAAAUGGUGCUCGCUUAGUUGCUGACUCCCUAUCAAAAACCAUUCCUGACGGUUCAUCUGCAGAUUAUGAAAAGAACACAAUGGAAGAAGCACUAAAAGUAACAUUAGACAGGCAAAAGCAUGCAGCUUCCUGGGUUCAGGCUGCCUUAGCUACCAAUUUAUCAUCCUUUGCAGUCUUUACCAGAGAACCUCAAUCAUCCAAGCUUCCAGCUUCGAGUAAUGGUCAGCAUCAAAAGACUAUCCUGGGAAGUCAACCCAUGUUAGUUCUAGAAAAUGGCCGUGAAGAUGCUUCUUCAAAACCACAGGUAAAAACCCGUUCAGCAGUCAAUUCUAAACAUGCCUCGCAAGGAACUCCCCGUCGAACAAGUGACGGGUUAGCAAAUGGACAAAAGCAGCCGCCUCAACCGCCUCAACCUUGGGUUAAGGGAAGUGGGCUUGACGAAGCGGUAAAUUUAGCCGAAAUGCUACAAUCACGGUCCAGAGACUGGUUUUUGGGAUUUGUUGAGAAAUUCUUGGAUACUGAAGGGGAGACAACUCUGUCAGAUAAUGGCCAAAUAGCCGGCAUGUUAUCUCAGCUAAAGAGUGUAAAUGAUUGGCUAGAUGAGAUAGGGUCGAACAAGAUUGAGGGAGAAUCAUGCCAGAUAUCAGCAGAGACAAUUGACCGGUUGAGGAAGAAGAUUUAUGAAUAUCUUCUAACACACGUUGAAUCUGCCGCGGCCGCGCUAAGUGGUGGAUCACAAUCAUCACCUCGGAUCCAAGCAACAGAGACUAAAUCGAAAAGGUAAAAAAUAGGUAGAUGCCUUAGCUGAAGGACGGAUUGUUAGGUUGAGGAGGCGUGGCUACCUUGCUCACCGAAGUUGAGCUGGUCCCCCUCGCUGCGCCCUGCCCCAAAAAGAAAUUUUUUUCUUCUUCUCUUUUUGUACAUAAAUCCUACAUUUGUUUGAGGUAUAGGUGGAGUGGUAAAUUAUUUAUCAGAGGAAGUAGCUACUGUGAACUGCGAA